CGGUGCGUCUGUUAUAACACCUGGGUUUGUACUGUCACUCUAGAAAGAGUGUGUCAACUAAAAGCUGUCUCGAAGACAGCCAGGGCUUAAAUAAAGUGGGACAAUUACCGGAGAAGCAGGGACUGAGUUGGACUUAAAAGACUGAGUAGUUAGUUUAAUAAUGAGGUGACAUUGUCGUAAGUGUCAAUGACUGCUAGGUAGUUAGCUUGGUAGGAAAUUUAGCUGUUAACUAACAUGAAGACUAUUAGCGUUAACGGUUAAGUGCUGAUACAUAGUGCAAAUAACUAUGGCUUUGUUAUAAACAGUUUAGUUUGCAUAACGUUGUUUAACACUUUGAAUUGACCUGUAUUUAUAACGACUGCCAGUUUGUGAGGAUCUUUGAAUACUGCUAAAGAUGGCAGUGAUGUGGUCUCGUCUUACUUGUAUUGGAUUAUUGAGCCGAGGUCAAAGGAAUCUAAGCAUCUUCUCAAACCCAUCGCCCUCGUAUUGGAAUAAAGUGGUGUCGGACGCUGAGAAGAUCGUAGGAUAUCCGACUUCCUUUAUGAGUUUACGCUGCUUGUUGAGUGAUGAGCUUAGCAAUGUAGCCAUGCACGUGAGGAAGCUGGUGGGGACUAAACACCCUCUUCUCAACACAGCAAGGGGGUUUGUGUAUGAGAGCAGAAAUAACCUGCAGAUGAGGGGACUGGUGGUUCUCCUCAUGUCCAAAGCCGCUGGUCCGAGCCCUGCUGCGUCCGAGCAGUUACUGCCAGACAUGGUCAGUGGGAUCUACCCCAGUCAGAGGAACCUGGCAGAGAUCACGGAGCUCAUCCACACUGCUUUCCUGGUGCAUCGUGGGAUAGUUAACCUUAAGGAGUGGACCAACUCGGAUGGUCCGCUCAAGGACAUGCAGUUUGGAAACAAGAUGGCGGUCUUGAGCGGAGACUUUCUGCUAGCCAAUGCUUGCACCGGAUUGGCUCAGCUCAAUAACACUAAGGUGGUGGAGCUGAUCUCGAGUGCCAUUGGAGACUUGGUGCAGGGAAUCUACCACGAAAACUCCAACAGCACAGAGGAGAGCAAUCUUACUGUGGCCUCAUGGGAAGACCAGACGUUUCUGUCCCAUGGUGCUUUGCUUGCGAAAAGCUGUCAAGCUGCCAUGGAGUUGGCCAAACAUGACAAAGAGGCACAGACCCUGGCAUUCCAAUAUGGCAAACACCUGGCACUCGGACACAAGGUGAACUCUGACCUCCAGCCAUUUGUGAAGAGAGGUACAGAUCCAGUGCCGUUCAGUUUAGACUCAGCUCCUGUGGUUUUCCACAGGCAGAUAGUCGGACCAGAGAGAUGGCUACAACAGCUCCAGCAGGUUAAAACCAUUACGAGGCAAAUGGAUCACACUAAGCUAUGGGAAGCAAUUAAAUCAGAAAAAGGGGUGAGCCAAGCUGUCGACCUGUGCUGUUACCACGGUAACAAAGCACUGGAAGCCAUCAAGCGGUUCCCCCCAUCCGAAGCACGCUCUGCAUUGGAAAACAUUGCUUGUGCAGUUACCAAGUUCUGAACCAGGUCAAGUCAGCCAAAUUUGGAAAACAUCCCCUGUAACUGAUAUCUAUUGUUAAUCUUUCAGAAUCUGUUGGGCUUGAUUCUCUCAAAUCAGGUGUUGUUGAAAACCACCUGUGUUGUCAUUUAGACUUAUUGAAAAGUUUUGGUUUUACUUGGCUGCUUAACUUGAUUCAAUGAAACUAGAUUCUGCUGAACCAUAUUUUGGUGAACGCAACCUAUUUUAAUAUUCUUAUUGUGCUGGAGAUUUUAUAACUGUCAUGUAACUGUUAUAUAACUGUUACAAUCUUGUAAUUUACCAUAAAGGAAUUGUCUCCUUCACUGCCCAAGUUAUUUGUUGUCUCAAAAAAGUGGUAUUGCUCUUACAGUAAAAACCAAGAAAGCUUAA